AUGCCUCUCUCAAUCGAGGCCAUCAUCAAAGAGUAUCCCUACGGACCAGAAGGGGUACAAAGAGUCUCCCGCCGCCGCGUCAAAAACGAAAUCGAAAUCACCGAACCAGAUCCGUCCUGGCCCGAGUCUUUCCAGCUCCUCAAAGACCGCAUCAUCUCCGCCCUAGGUUCAACAGCCGUCUCAGUUGAGCACGUCGGCUCGACCAGCGUGCCCGGCCUGCCCGCCAAGCCGGUCAUCGACAUGGACCUCAUAGUCGUAGACGUGCUCGACGAGGCCUCGUACGUGCCGCAGCUCGAAGCGGUAGGCUUCCACUUCCUCUUGCGCGAGCCGGCGUGGCAUCAACAUCGCUUCUUCUGCAACUAUGAGCCUUCGGCGAACCUGCACGUCUAUGGGCCAGACUGUCCCGAGGCCGAGAAGCACAAGAUCUUUCGAAACUGGCUGUCGAAAACCCCGGCUGACAGGGAGAUGUAUGCUGCGAUGAAGAGGGAGGCAGCGGAGGCAUCUCGUACAGCUGGCGAGACAAUGCACGAAUACACUGAGCGGAAGAACGACUGUAUCCGAGAGAUUCUGGGCAGAGCGUUUCGAGACCUGGGUUAUAUUCAGUAA